CACACUUUCUUCUUGAUAGGGUAGUUUGGUUCAACAAAUGGAUGCAACCGAGACAGAAAAAAUCUACGUUGCAGUUGGCUAUGAUAUUGUAGAUGGAUUUCAAACUUUGAGUUGGGCGAUGAAGAAAUGGAAUUCCCAUCCUUGCUCUAUUGUCAUUCUUCAUGUGAAUUACAACACUUCCAAGAAAUAUGUUCCCACACUCCGUAUUUUCCUUACAUUUGUGUCUCAAUUUUCUUUUUCAUUACAUUUAAGUUCAAUUGGGUUUCAUCACUUUGGUUUUGGGAUUUUGUUGCAGUCGGAAAACUCCCUGCAAAAGGCGCGUCUGAAAAGAUACUGGAACGUAUCCGGAAACAUGAGCAAAGGAUAAUCCAGAAGCUCCUUUCCAAGUAUAUAGCUUUAUGUGACAAUGUGCCAGCUGAAACACUUGAAGUUGAGAAAUUUGAUGAGCCAAUGGAAAAGCGCACUAUAGACUUGAUCCAUGGUCUAGGAAUAACGAAAUUGAUCAUGGGAUUUUCAUUCAUGAAGCCUUCCUUGAAAUCGGAAGUUGACGUUAACGGAUUGUUCUACGUUAAUCAGCACAAGCCACCCUUUUGUGAGUUGUUCGUUAUCUUUGGAGGGAAACAAGUUACACCUCGAGUGAAGAAUGACGAGAUAAUCAUGGAGGAUGAUAAUGGGUUCAAGAUUGCCAGCAUGAGAGAUAAGAUAAAUUGUAUAGAUUGGCUAGAGAGAAUGUUCUUUGAUAAAACCAUUGACACCCAACAUAGAAGUUCUUGCGCACCAUCAUCAUCUUCAACAAAUUUCGAGCCGUAUCUUAACCAAAACGAAUGGAAAUUUAGUUUCCAAGAAAUUGAAAAUUAUGCGCAGGAGUUAAUGUCUUUAAAUUUGGAGGAAGGAAGUUCUGGCCAAGACAACCAUGUUUCCCACUUUAACCCAAUUGAGCCAUAUGUCAAAGAACGUAACAGUUCGAAUAACAUGAGUGCCGCAGAAAAUAUUGACAUACUCAAAGAUAAAGUGAAUGAAGCUUACAGAACCAUCCAAUUAAAAAGGAAAGAAGACGAGGCCAAUUGGGAGAGACAUGAAAAAGCUGAAUGGGCUAUUUAUUUGUGUAACCGUCGGGAAGAAGAACUUGAAUAUCUAAUAAAGGAAGAAGUGACAAGAAAGGAAGAACUGAGGAAGGAUCUGGAUGCAGAAAAAGAACAAUUUCACAAAAUUAAAAUGGAUAUUGAGGAUAGCAAGAAAAAGCUUAGUUUAGUGGCAGAGCAACAAUCAGAGCUCCUAAACAGGCUUCAUAUUUACACAUUGGCAGUGCCACAAGCUGAAACCAAACUAGGGAAGGCAUUGGCUGAAAAGACAGAGAUGCUUAUGGAGAUGGAUGGUCUAAGGAAACAAAGGAAUGCAAUGAAUAGAAGCAUUGAAUUUUUUCAGAGAAAAAGAUGCCACAAGAAUGAGUGUAGGCUGAUAGAAAAGGGUUGUGGUUUGAGGGAGUACACAAAGGAGGAGAUCACCUUAGCCACCCAAAACUUUUCAGAGCAAAUGAGGUUGAAAUCGGAUGGGAAUUGGACCAAUGUGUACAGAGGACAAAUUAAUCAUUCCACUGUUGCAAUCAAGAUGCUCAAUCAUGUUCCUGACUUGUCCCAACUAGAUUUCCAAGCCAAGGUGAGGAAUCUUGGUAAAAUUCGGCAACCUCAUCUGGUUGCUAUGUUGGGCUUUUGCUCUGAGCCCAAAUGCUUAGUAUUGGAAUACAUGAACAAUGGCAGCUUGGAAGAAAUGCUAUUUUGCAAGAGCAAAAACCGGGUCUUAAGUUGGCGUGAUUGCAUAAGGAUAGCCAUAGAAGUUUGCUCAGGGUUGGGCUUUCUAAAUGCAGCUCAGCCCAAGCCCAUUGUUCAUUGUCAUCCUUCUCCAUCCAAAAUCCUCCUAGAUUGCAAUCUUGUUGCAAAAAUAACAGGUUUUGGGCUUCAUGGGUGCAGUGAAGAGUGUAAUGAUAAUUCAUCAGAUAUGAAGGCAAUAGGGGUUUUAUUGCAAAAUCUAUUGAAUGGAAGAAGAAAUUUGGUGACAAUGGAUACAGAGGCUUGUUUUGAUGAGAUUGGUGAGCAAUGGCCAUUUGAUGUGGCAAGAGAUGUUAUGGGCUUAGCUAUGCGGUGCAUGUCCAUGAAUUGUGAGCCCAAUGGAGAAAUGAGCAUAACAAGAGUCGUGGAGGAGCUCAAUGAGAUCAGAAAAAAGGGUGAUGACAUGGUUGCUAGGGAAGGAUGGAGGAAUAUAAAUGGGGGAAACGUACAUGGACAAGAUUCUACCCAUGUGCCUAGUGUUUUCAUUUGCCCUAUCCUUCAGAGAAUAAUGAAAAAUCCACAUAUAGCAGCAGAUGGAUUUUCUUAUGAGCUAGAAGCAAUAGAAGAGUGGUUGCAAUCGGGGCAUGACAUAUCACCCAAAAACCUGAAGCUGAAGCACAAAUUACUUACCCCUAAUCAUACCCUCCGUUCCCUAAUUGAGGACUGGCAAGGCAAGAGAUCAGCUAAAGUUGCAAAUUAAUUAAUACUGCACAUCUUUUCAUUAAAAUUAAAAGUUUCAGUGGGUUAAGUUUAAGGUAAACUUUACAAAAUUAUUUAUAGCUACCCACCAAGAUCUUUAUAUUGGUACCAGAAUUGAAACUCAAGCCCUUACGAGAUACGAAGGAUAUCUUUACUAAUUAAAUCAUUUUUUGUUGA